AGGGCGGAAGCGGAAGCGGAAGCGGCGGCGCGAGGGGCGGAAGGGAGAAAGGCGGGGGCGGGGCGAGCAGCGGCGGGGCGGCCGGGGCCGAGAUGACGGUUCACAACCUGUACCUCUUCGACCGCAACGGGAUCUGCCUGCACUACGGCGAGUGGCACCGCAAGAAACAGGCCGGCAUCUCCAAGGAGGAGGAGUUCAAACUCAUGUACGGCAUGCUCUUCUCCAUGCGCUCCUUCGUGGGCAAGAUGAGCCCCCUCGACAUGAAGGACGGGUUCCUGGCCUUUCAGACCAGCAAGUACAAGCUGCAUUACUACGAGACGCCCAGCGGCCUGAAGGUCGUCAUGAACACGGACCUGGGCGUGGGCAACAUCCGAGACGUGCUCCACCAGAUCUACAGCAACAUCUACGUGGAGUUCGUGGUGAAGAACCCGCUGUGCAGCCUGAGCGAACCCAUCCAGAGCGAGCUCUUCCGCGCCAAGCUGGACGGCUUCAUCCGCGGCCUGCCCUUCUUCUCGGCCCGGGCCGGCUGAGCUCCCCCCGCCGCGCCUCUCUACCCGGCUGUGCCGCCCCCAGCCCUCCGGACAAGACACGGGGCUGCCCCUGGCUCGCCCCCACCCUCCCGGCCCCUUCACAGCUCAGACGGCCUGGCCCACCGGGUGAGCCCACAAUUCCCUGCAGGCUGGUGCACGCCCCACCCACCCAGAGGUCCAGCUGGGGCAGGGCUCGCCCAGUCUGGGAGGGGAGCGGGGGCUGGUGGUUAGAGCAGGAGCUCAGGAUGGAGGGUUCCUAACUUUCAUCCUCUUCUGUUCUAGGCCCCAAUCCCUGUCCAGCCAUAGGAAUAGAACCCAGGAGUCCUGGCUCCCAGCCCCCCUGCUCUAACCCACCAGCCCCCACUCCCCUCCCAGAGCUGGGGAGAGAACCCAGGAGUCCUGGCUCCCAGCCCCCCUGCUCUGACCCACCAGCCCCUACUCCCCUCCCAGAGCCGGGGAGAGAACCCAGGAGUCCUGGCUCCCAGCCCCCCUGCUCUAACCCACCAGCCCCCACUCCCCUCCCAGAGCUGGGGAGAGAACCCAGGAGUCCUGGCCCCCAGCCCUUUGCCAAGGGGGACGCACUUUUCCUGUGCGGUGUGGCAUUAGUGGGCACGUUCAGACGUUCCAUGAGCUGGGCGGGCGCUGAGGUUGUCCCCGGCAGAUCCCAGUUCCAUGGUGAAUUAAAGCGUUGCUCUCCCA